AUGCCAUCUCGAUUGCGAGGGCCUGUCGCCCCAAUAAUUUCCAAGCAUUCGUACCACGGUCCCAUGAUCCCUGUCUGCUCCCCAACCUCACCUACCAUCGAGGCCAUGCAGCGCUCGGCCUCGCCAGACACUGUCGGGCGAGGCUCGUUCUCGUCUGUCCGAGAACACGAGUCUGGCCUCGCCCAAUCUUUCACCUCAACCAAAAUUUCCUCCUACGCUGAAGCCUACGAAGAAGCCGUCGACGAUACUGGCGAUGUGGUCAUGGCGAACGCCGAAUUUAUUCCCCCCAUCACGAAACCUGCGAGCAAGCUUCAUGGUGCCUGGUAUCCCGCCGGCACCCCUUGGGGCCGGGGAUGGAAGGAGAUCAGGGUAAAGGGCAGAUACGCAAGCAAGAGUUACAGCGAUCUUCACGCCCUCCAUCGGUUCACGACCUUGCCCCCGUCCCCCAAACUUGAAGCUCAUGAAGAGACUCCUAAUACUCAAGAAGGCGAGCCCGGAAUACGACCCGGCAAUUCGGCCCUCGAGCGGCUCCCCACCGAGAUUCUAACCGCCAUCAUCUCGUUGCUUGUCGUCGAGACCCCUACGAACAGCACCGCAAAACGAAACGCUGAUCUCCGUGCGAUGCUCCUCACGUCCAAGACACUGCACGGAGCCACCCUGGGGACGCUGUACACCCACAUCACUAUCCCUCACUCCAAGAUUUUCCGAAAAUUCCUUACCCAGAUCUCUACGCAUCCUGAGUUAGGUGGCUUUGUCCGACGGCUUGACUUUAGCCAUUUCAAUCCUACCUCGCUUUUCUCCACUGAGCGGGAAAGAUCAAAUGCUCACAAUCUGACUUCCAGCACGCUUCUUGAGUGCCUCGAGCUGAUUCCCAAUGUCAAGGAGUUCCUCGCUCAAGAGCAUAUUGGGGAAAAUCUAAGCCCAGAGGUCCUCCAAAAGCUAUUCUUUGGCAGCUUGCCCAAGCUACGCGCCCUUGACUUUUGUGGCUGCUGGCAUGCCGACUUCAGACGCUCCUUUGAGGCGCUCCUCACUGUUCAGUGGCCCAAGGAGUUGACGAUUUCGCGUCUUUCAUUUCACAAGACUUCGACGCUGCCUGCUGCCAUCUUCGAGACCAUCUUGCCACGUCUCACGAGACUUACUCAUCUCGAUGUAGCAGGGUGCCAAAUAACUGCCAAAGCUUUGUUCUCCAUCCCAACGUCUGCCCGCAUCACUCAUCUAAAUUUGGCCAAGUGCAAGCGGUUAAAGGCUGAUGAAAUCAUCACUUUCCUAACCCGCCACCCGGCAGUCAAGGAUUCUAUUCAGGUCUUGAGUCUGGCACACGAUGCUUCUAAUCAUGAAUUGCUGGGCGCGGACGAUUUGUUCGAUCUUCUAACUGUUCUACCCCCUACUCUCAAGUCUCUGAAUCUGAAGGGUAGCAAGAUGAAGCCCAUCCAUCUUCCUUUAGUCGCACCUCUUACCCGAAGACUCGAGGAACUGUCACUUGGUCGAUGUCUCAUGGCUUCCGAUGUCGAUUCCCUCCUAGCCCCACGAGAUGACAUGGGCCCCCAUACUCUACGUUACCUCGAUGUGUCUGACCUGGUAGCAAGCAAUGAUAUUGACCCUCUCUUUGACUUGCGUUACACCCUUCUGAAGCCAGUCUCGGCUCCGCUAUGUGUCCUCGAAAUUGCAGAGAGACCCUUCAAGCGGCUUAAGGAGCGCCGCAAGGCUGUCGAGAUUGCAGGCUGGACACUGAAGGAGAGCGGUCAACGCUACUGGCUGGUCAGGAACGCUGGCCAAAUCCCCAAGGAAAAUCCGUAUAGGUCCUGGAAGAUGGGCGCGGAGUCUUGGGGUGCCCGAAAGAUCCCUGUGGCUGUCGCCGAAGUUGGUGGCAUAAUGACGAACUCGGCGCCGAUAUUCCGACCGAUGCUCCGGACUCAGCCUUCUUCGAGCUUGGACUUCGUUGCUUGGUUUUGGUUGGCAAUCUCACAAGGGCCUCGACCUUUCCUCAUUAAGAACCUCAAGUGCAGCAUCUCGAUUCGGCUUCUGCCGCCCAUGAUCCGUCGUCGACGAGCUUCAAUACCAGGAACGACAGCUUCCGACGCGGAGCCAGAAUACGACGAACCCAAUAGCCCCGUCCGGGUCCGUGACCCUAAAUACAAUAAGAUGGCUCCUGUGCAGGACACCAUGUUUCGCUCUUCGGAGAUGAGCAUGGUGCAGCUGUACAUGAGCAACGAAAUUGGCCGUGAGGUUGUGACGGCGCUCGGCGACCUUGGCAUGCUUCAUUUUCGAGAUCUUAACGGCGAGCUGAGUGCUUUUCAACGAACGUAUACCAACGAGAUCCGUCGACUUGAUAAUGUUGAGCGACAGCUUCGGUACUUCCAUUCGCAGAUGGAAAAAGCGAAAAUCCCCCUCCGCAAGCUCGACCUUGACACCGAAGGCGAUAACUUCGGAACUCUGGCCCCUGCCGACAUUGACGAAGUCGUGGAGCGAAGCCAGGUCCUUGAGCAGCGCAUCCAAGAGUUGAAUGAAAGCUACGAGACGCUCAAGAAACGCGAGGUCGAUCUUACCGAAUGGCGAUGGGUGCUCCGCGAGGCCGGCAGCUUCUUCGACCGUGCCCAUGGAAACGUCGAGGAGAUCCGCGCUUCGACGGAGGGUGAUGAGGCUCCGCUUCUGCAAGAUAUCGAGGCACACGCUCGUGCUGCCGAUGCCGAGCGAUCCUUUUCUGGGAUGAACAUCGGAUUCGUUGCUGGUGUUAUUGCCCGAGACCGCGUUGAUACUUUUGAGAGGAUUCUUUGGAGAACUCUGCGCGGUAAUCUUUACAUGAACCAGUCCGAGAUUCCCGAACCCCUCGUUGACCCUACCACCAACGAGACCGUCAACAAGAAUGUUUUCGUCAUCUUUGCCCACGGCAAGGAAAUUCUUGCCAAGAUUCGAAAGAUCUCGGAGUCGAUGGGUGCCGAUGUUUAUAGCGUUGAUGAGAACAGCGAUCUUCGUCGGGAUCAGAUUCACGAGGUCAAUGCUCGCCUUGCCGACGUCCAGAACGUGUUGCAGAACACGCAGACGACGCUCAACAUCGAGCUCAACCAGAUUUCCCAAUCCCUGUCGGUAUGGAUGGUCCUUAUGGCCAAGGAGAAGGCGGUGUACAGCACGCUUAACCUCUUCUCUUACGACCGAGCCCGGCGAACGCUUAUCGCUGAGGGUUGGUGUCCCACCUCGGACCUCCCACGCAUCCGGUCCACGCUUCAUGAUGUGACGAACCGCGCUGGUCUUUCGAUUCCGUCUAUUAUCAACGAGGUUCGAACUAACAAGACGCCGCCGACCUACAUCCGCACGAACAAGUUUACCGAUGCUUUCCAGACCAUCGUCAACGCCUAUGGAACGGCCACGUACCAGGAGGUCAACCCUGCCAUCCCUGUCAUUGUCACGUUUCCCUUCCUCUUUGCUGUCAUGUUCGGUGAUGUCGGCCACGCGCUCAUCAUGCUCUUCGCUUCGAUAGCUAUGAUCUACUGGGAAAAGUCACUCAAGAAGGUUACUUUUGAACUUUUCGCUAUGCUUUUCUACGGAAGAUAUAUUGCUCUCGUCAUGGCCAUCUUUUCGGUCUUCACCGGUCUCAUUUAUAACGAUAUCUUCUCCCUGUCCUUCACCUUCUGGCCUAGCGCCUGGGAGUGGGAGCAUCCCCCCGAGACAGACGGAGCUCCUGUUGUCGGACAGCUCAAGGGCGACUACCGAUACCCGUUCGGACUCGACUGGAUGUGGCACGGAACCGAGAACAAUCUGCUCUUCACCAACAGUUACAAGAUGAAGAUGAGCAUUAUCCUUGGAUGGGUUCACAUGACCUACUCUCUCUGCUUCUCGUACAUCAACGCUAGACACUUCCGGAAGCGAGAAGAUCUUUUCGGUAACUUCAUCCCCGGCAUGAUUUUCUUCCAGGCGAUUUUCGGAUACCUAGUCAUCUGCAUCAUCUACAAGUGGUCUAUCGACUGGUUCGGCAUCGGUCGGCAGCCCCCCGGCCUGUUGAACAUGUUGAUUUACAUGUUCCUGCAGCCCGGCACGAUCGACGUCCAGCUGUAUCCCGGCCAGGCGUUCGUUCAGAACGUCCUGCUCCUCGUCGCUAUGGUUCAGGUCCCCAUCAUGUUGGGUCUCAAGCCCUACAUGCUCUGGAAGGAGCAUAAGAAGGCGAGAGCCAAGGGUUAUCGUACUAUUGGCGAGACGGCGCAUAUUGUUGCCGCUGAUAGUGAUGACGAAGAUGGCGAUCGGCCCGUUAAUGGCAACGGUCGCGAUAGCCUUGAUGCUGGCAUUCAUAUGGUCACGGAAAAUGUUGAUGACGAGGAGCAUGAGGAGUUUGAGCUGAGUGAAGUAAUUAUUCACCAGGUUAUUCACACCAUUGAAUUCUGCCUCAACUGCGUGUCCCACACUGCGUCUUACCUCCGUCUCUGGGCUCUGUCGCUUGCCCAUCAGCAACUCAGUACCGUGCUCUGGAACAUGACCAUUGGCCCUUGCCUUAAGAUGACUGGCCCAAUUGGUAUCAUUGCCAUCGUUAUCGGAUUCACCAUGUGGCUCAAUCUCACAAUUGCUAUUCUCGUGCUCAUGGAGGGAACUAGCGCUAUGCUUCACUCUCUCAGGUUGGCCUGGGUCGAAUCCUUCUCCAAGUUCGCCGAAUUUGCAGGCUGGGCCUUCACCCCGUUCUCUUUCAAGACUUUGAUAGAAGAGUCGGAAGACUUGAAAGAGUUUAUCGGGUAG